AUGGCGGAAUCUUGUAACUUCUGUAGCUGCCCAGCAAUGAGCGACUCUCUACUUCGAGACCGUAUCGCUCUCUGUAUUCAGAAUGAAGAUGCCAGGGAACGGUUAUUUCAAGAAAGAAAGCUCGACCUGAAGAGAGGUGUUGAUAUAUGCCGAGCAAAGGAGAGCGCGACGACUCACCUCCAGGCGUUUGGUGGAAAACACGUAGAGUCCACCGGGUGCACCGAAGAGGCAAUGAUCUUUCCAAGAAGAACCGUAAACAGGGUGAAUGAACUGAAGCCUCAUUUGAAGAAAAAAACACCGAGCUACGAGAGCUUAAGUGCAAGUUCUGCUCACAGUCUCAUGUUCUGAAGAAAGAGCUAUGUCCUGCGUGGAGUAAAAGGUGCAAUGUUUGCCGUAAAAUAAAUCACUGA